CUCUAUAAACAUUCGUUUUGUGACAUCUACACAAGUAGGUCGAAUCAGUGUGAACACUAGUGAACAGAAGGAAAUUUGUGUAAUUUUGUUAUUUUUUACGCGAAAAAUGAUGGCUAAAAACGAAAAUGGUGUAUUCCUAAGCCUCAAGGAGUAUUUAAGAUAUUUAGGAUCCAUUCCUACUAGCAGGAAUUUAGUAGAAGGAGAAGCAGUAUUGAAUGCCGGUCACAUUAUGAUGUGUGGAAAUUUGGGAAAGAGCAGCAGAGUAAUAGAAAUUUUUGGUUUGUGUUUGCAAACAUCGGCCCUCUCUUCAGAUCCUCAUGAAAUUGAGGGAAAAAUUAUAAUUGAUGACGGAUCUGCCAUAAUAUCUGCAUUUACCUGCUCUUGUAAGGCCGGUUUAGGAGGGAGGUGCAAACACAUCUCAGCAAUUUUAUUAUAUUGCACCAGGUUGUAUAAAUUCAAUGUAUUUGAUGUCUGAAUCAGGACUUGCAAUUUGACAAUCAUAUAUACACAAUAUAAUUGUUAGUUUUUUUGCUGUUCCUUGUGGUUUUUGUUUCAGGACUGACCUUCUCAAACUUGAGAAAAUUUCAAGCACAGACCUGAAAUGCUGGUGGAAAAAGAAAAAAAGUCAAACAAAAUCAAAAUAUCAAGCUCUUCCACUUCUGGAAACCAAUUGCUUGAAAGACAAAGCAUCCCCUGUGCAUCAAUUGUCAUCACAGGAUGAAGAUGAUAUUAGGAAAUUUGCGAUAAAUAAGAUGCCUUCAUCCAGCAUUGCAUCUCAUAAAAUGAAGAAUUUAAAUAAGGCACCCUCUAAGAUGUUCAUCCCAGAAAAAUGUAAACUUGUUAUUAGAAAUGCAGAAAAUUCAGAUUUUCUGAAGAAUUUCUAUAAAUUUGGCCCACAAAUGAAUUUCAAAUGCCCUCAGUGCAUUGUCACAUACAACGAAUUGGGAAUGUUUGAUUCCCUAAAUGUAUGUAUGAUGACUGAAACUAAUAAGGCUCUCUGGGAGCAAGAAAGAAAAUUUCGGGUCACUGGUUCUCGAUGCUAUGACCUGUAUACAUAUUCGAAAAAUGAUUGGGAAGAGAAAUGUAGAUCAUAUUUCUAUCCCAAGCAAUUUUCGAGUGUUUAUACCAGACAUGGUAUAAAAUACGAACCAUUGGCUAGAGAUAUUUUCGAGAAAACAACGGGCUUGCCAGUACUGAAGAUGGGCCUGAUAAUGUGCAGAAGCGAACCUUGGCUGGCAUAUUCUGCUGAUGGAAUUAUAUUCAAAAAUGAUGAACCUUAUGGUCUCUUAGAAAUAAAAUGUCCAUAUAAGGCAAAGAACACUUCUGAUGUGGUGCAAUGCUGCAGAUAUAUUCUUGAGGAAAAUGGUGUGCACGUUUUGAAGAAGAGACAUAAAUAUUUUGCACAAGUACAGCUGGGAAUGGCCAUCCUCAAUUUAAAGAUUUGCCAUUUUAUUGUUUUUUUUUCGAGUGAUAAUACUUAUUUGGAUAUCAGGGUGCCAUUCGAUGAAGAAUAUGCACAUAGUUUAUUAUUUUCAUUAAAACAAAAAUAUUUAGAUAAUAUGUUGCAUUAUAUUUGUUCAACAAGUUGAGUUUUUGACAUUUUAAAUUACAAUGUUAUGUUUUUUUAUUAUAUGUGUUAUGUUAUAUA